GACAGCACAUGCGGGUGUGGCGUCCUCUUAAUAUUUAUAUAUUAUUACAGUGUAAAUGAUGAUCAUAUUGUUAUGAAAGGAGUAAAUGAUAAUUUUUGGGAAAUGGGAGAAACAGGACCUUGUGGGCCUUGUACAGAAAUACACAUUGAUUAUCCUCCAUCUGGAGGGAAAAAUCUUAUUGAACUUUGGAACAUUGUUUUCAUACAAUAUUCUCGAGAAAGAAACACUAUGCAAAAAUUACCAAAUUAUUUCAUAGAUACUGGAAUGGGAUUGGAACGCUUGACAAUGGUGCUGCAAGAUAAAACAUCUACUUAUGAUACAGAUUUAUUUUCUUCUAUAUUYGACAUUAUAUUUAAUGCAUGCAGAUUAUCAAAGUACACAGGACUAUUUGAUGGCACAAAUUUAGAUACUUACUAUCGGGUUUUAGCAGAUCAUGGUCGAAUGAUAACUAUUGCACUUUCAGAUAAUAUGCUACCCAGCCAAAAUCAUAAAUUGAGAAGACUGAUACGAAAAUCAUUUAUAUUGGCUGAAACAAAUUUCAAAAUUCACCCAGGGUAUGCUUUGAUGUGUGAUGUAGCUAAUGAAGUUUCAAAUAGUCUUGGUCAUGUGUAUCCAGAGCUGAUUAAAAACAGUGAAAAGGUUAAAUAUUUAAUAAAACACGAGUAUACUAUAUUUAACAAACUAAGAAUGUCUGUUUUGAAAGAUUGGAAAAUGGUGGUUAAAGAAUGUCCAAUGUUAAAUAGUUUUAAUCCUUAUGAAGAAUGUACGGGAUUCGUACCAGCUUGUAAUUACUUAAUUAAACAUAAAAAUAUGAGCAACAUACCAGCCUUUACAUUGUAUGAUGCAUUUGGUCUUGAAAAGAAAACGAUUGGAAGGCUAUCUCAAGUGAUGGGAAGACCAGUGAGUUGGAAUGAACUUGAUGAAAAAUUAAAAAAAUUACAAACAAAAACCACUGAACAUAUAAGAAAAAAAUCAAUUAAUUAUAUGAUAGGAAAUAUACCAAAAACUGAUGAUAGUUUUAAGUAUGAAGUUAUUAGACAUAGCAAUGAAUCAUAUUUAUCACCAAUAGUCACUKCUAAGMUUCUAGCAAUUGUUGAUAUUAAUGGUAAUAUUGUGACUGAGACUGAUAUCAAACAGCAAGGAGAUGCUGUUUCAUUAGUAUUGGAUAAAACUUCCUUCUAUUGUAAAGCUGGUGGGCAACAAAAUGAUAUUGGUAUAGUUAAAACUAACGAUGGUCUAGUAUUUGAUGUCAUUGAUGUAGAAAAAAUUGAAGAAAGUGGUGUUGUGUUACAUCAUAUUAAAUCAAGAGAUUGGCCCAUAUUAUUAAGCGAAAAGGAAUUACAUGUUCAAGUUGAUUCAAAUUACAGACUUGGAUUAAUGCGUGCUCACUCAUCAGUUCAUAUAUUAAAUUCUGUUUUAAAAUCAUAUUUGGUUGUUACUACUCAGUUAUCAAGCUGUAUCAAAAAAGAUUUUAUGUCAUUCACAUUUGCACUCUUUGGUCAAAAGUUCUCACCAGAAGAUGCUUUAAUUAUAGAAGAAAAAGUCAAUAGUAUAAUACAAUCUGCAGUAUCAGUUAAAAGAACUACAGUGACAUCUAAUGAUUUAAACCAAAUUAAUGUCACAUUACUUCCUGGAGAAGUGUAUCCAGAUGAAGUGCAUUUAAUAGAUAUGUACAGCAAUGUUAAUGAUAUGUAUAUAUCAAGAGAAGCAUGCUGUGGAACACACAUUCAAAAUACAUUAGAUGUGAUUGAUUUUUGUAUAGUCCAAUAUAAAUGUCUCAGUAAUGAAUGUACCAUAAAGGCAGUAACGGGGCCACUGUGUACAGAUGUAAGAGUUUUUGGUCAACAAUUAAUGGAUAAAUCAAAUUUGUUUGAAGAUUUGGUGAAUUCAACUAAUUUAAAUAAUAUUUCUCCAACAAAGGUGCAUUUGUUGAUAGAUAAUAAAAACCAAUUAAAAUCAGAACUGAAAAAUAUUUCCCAAAACUACAUACCAUUGAAAGUUCAAAUUCAAAUUAAUAAGAAAAUCUUUGCUACUGAAAGAAAAAUUCAGAAAUUAAUAAAAGAAAAAAAGAUGCAGAUAUUAGGUGAUGCAGUAAAAACAUUAUGUAAAAAUAGCUAUGCUGUUGGUUAUGUAGAAUGUGAUGUARCCUACCUUGAGAACAAUUGUUAUGAUUUUGAAAGUGUUAUUCAUGUUUGUGGUGAAAUACCUUGCUUAUUUUUAGCUUAUAAUAAAGAGCACAUACAUGUAUACUUACGUAUUCCCAAGGAACAAGCGGAGGAUAUAAAAUGGUUAAACGAUUUCUGGGAAAAAUUUGAUAUUAAACCAAUUACAUUUAAAAAUAAAAUCCAGUUUAAAGCUACUGAAUUUAAAGUCAAACAUGUAGAUAAAUAUAUGGCAUUGAAGCUUAUAGAUAAUGUAAUUCGAGAUGUAAAAAAAAACUUUUUUAGUCAUUUAUGAAAAAGA